ACAUAGAUACUAAAUAUAGUUACCCUCAAAAGACCACUGAUUCUAUCUACCUGUAUGCUCCAACUCCGUCACCUCUGCUACUACCUCGGCACAUGUUUUCGCGACUAUAACCGUGCUCAGUUCGUGCAGGGGAAUAAGAAUCCGGAGAACUACCCCGCAAUGAUGAUCCAUGGUGUAGCAUUCACGGGGGUUAAUGCGGAGAUGCAUACCGGGAUGAAUAUGAGCCGCUACUGUGACGCCUAUUAGUUAUAUCUAGAGACCUACUUAUCUGUCCGGGUAUGCCAGUCGCUUAUUUGGGAGGUGGGCGUGUUCUUCAGUUCUCAAUUCAUCACCUGGGCAGUCGAAUUCAUCACCACCUAGAAGUACUAGGCACCAAAGGUCAUCCCCAAAGAAUUAGACGAUGGAGAAAACAGACACCCCGGAGCACCUCGAGGAGGGGAAAGCCGUCCCAUCAUCCGGAGAUACUAUCCACGAAGAAUUCGACUACGAGCGUAACAGACUCCUCAACAAACGCCUCGACCUUCGGAUACUUCCCCUAUGUUCCUUUCUCUACCUCCUGAACUUCCUCGACAGAGGUAACAUAGCGAACGCAAAAGUCCUAAACCAGGAAACUGGUGAUGAUCUACUCCAAAAGACAGGGAUGACGGCUAGUGGAUACUCUCUAACCGUCACCCUGUUCUCGUUGGCCUAUACCCUUUUUGAAGUUCCAUCGAAUUGGAUUAUGAAGCAUUAUGUUCGCCCGUCCAUUUGGCUGGCUACGCUCCUUGGUUGCUGGGGUGCCUUGACUCUUGGGUUCGCGGGUGUCCAGAAUUACGCUACGGUGUUGGUGUUGCGGUUACUUAUUGGGGUGUUCGAAGCAGGUUUCUUUCCUGGGAUCGUGUAUCUCAUAACGAUAUGGUACCGCCACGAUGAAAGAUCGGUUCGAAUCGCUGUAGUGAUCGCCUUUUGCAAUCUCGCCGGUGCCUUCGGUGGAUGUAUCGCUUACGGGUUAGGAACCGCAAACGGCGGGGCCGGACUCGAAGGUUUCCGUUGGCUGUUCAUUCUUGAAGGCACGAUAACUAUGCUUUGUGUGAUACCGACACUCUUCGUAUUGCCUGACUACCCCGCCCGCGCCAAGUUCCUGAGCCCGUCCGAAAAGAAGUUCGCGGAGGAUCGGGUUAAGGAACGUGGGGGUGGAUAUAGUAGAGAUCAUGCGACGCGAAAAGAGAUAUUGGAGACCUUCUUCAGUCCUCGGAUGUUAGCUCAUUACCUAGUCUAUAUUGCCAAUGUGGUGACUCAGGGGUCAUUUACAUUCUUCACUCCGACUCUCGUCACCGGGUUAGGAUAUAGUUCCAUUCAAGCCCAGCUGUUAACUGUCCCUCCGUGGGUUGUUGGCUUCGUCGUCGCGAUCCUAGUCUCUUACUCGGCUGACCGGUUCAACGCCCGAGGUUGGCACAUUACGGUAAUCUCGACUAUCGGGGGUGCAGGAUGGCUGACUGCUGGCUUACUUCCUUCGACCUCGUACGUGCAGAGGUACGGCGCGUUGGUUAUGGCGGCUACAGGUGCAUUCCCUGCCGCUCCACUAUGCACCUCAUGGGUUACAGUGAAUUCGCCUAGUUUACUUACGAUACCGUUCGCCAUUGCACUUCAUAACUCUUGCGCUGGUAUCGGACAGAUCAUCGCUCAAUGGAUAUGGCUUGAUGUCGAUACCGGGAACUUUACGUGCGCGGCCUGCAACUUCUUCGUUGCGAUCGUGGCCUUCAGCUUGAGAAUACACUACGGGAGAAUGAAUCGAAACGGUAUUAAGGAUGCGAGAGGGGAGAAGAGGGUAUGGUCAUAUUGAGAAUCGUUUGUAUUAGGUUAAAUUACCAGCUUGAAGCUGAUGCCGUAGUUAUCAGUUCGGACCUCCGAAAGAGUAUCACGUGACGGUAUCGAUCUGUAUCAGUCGCCUAUCACAAUCACCAUGUGACCCUAUCUUUCACUUUGAGGCGUCGCCUGUCAGCUCAAUGAAAAUUA